AUGGAGGGGACGCAGCGAUGGCUUCCCCCUUUCUUACUCCUCCUUGAAGUGAUGGGCAUUUUCGCCCAGGGAGCCUGGACGGCCUGGUUCAACAUCGACCAUCCUGGAGGCAACGGCGACUACGAGCGCAUGGACGCCAUCCGGUUCUACUACCGGGACAGGGUCUGUCCGAGCCCCACCAGCAUCGAAGCUCGAACGACGGACUGGAUCCCUGCCGCCAGCACGGGCCAGGUGGUCCACGCCAACGCCCGGGAGGGGUUCUGGUGCCUGAAUAAAGAGCAGCCGGCCGGGCAAACGUGCUUGAAUUACGUCGUGCGUUUCUUCUGCCCAGCUGGCUCCCUGCGCCAGGAGUCACUGUGGUCCCCGUGGUCCCGAUGGAGCAGCUGCUCUGCGAAGUGCAAUCAGACUGGCAUCCAGAUUCGGACCAGGGUCUGCCUGGCAGAAAACCUCCAGGACCCACGCUGCAAAGACGUGAGCGAGGAAGGAAGGCACUGCUCCGGACCCCCUUGCUCAGCCUGCACCGUGACGUGUCCCCUGGGCCGUGAGAACGCCGACUGCAGCGGCUGCACGUGCGAGGAGCACACGCUUUACGGCAAGGCCUCCCUCCAGGAUGGCGUUCCGGCCGCCGGGGCUGCCAUCUACCUACAAGCCCAGCCGGCCAAGUUGCUGACAGUGGCGGAUGCCAACGGGUUGUUUCAGGUUCCCGGCGUGUGCCCGGACGGAAGAACCGUCCUGCAGGUCAAGCAGCCGAACUACGCGACGGCGCUGGUCACCGUGACCGAGAGCGCCACGAACUCCUCCUCGGUCCACAUCCGCUUGACAAGAGCAGAGAAGCCGUACAUGGUGAUGCAGCCAGAGAGCAAAGCGAGACGAGAGGGGCAGAGCGUUUCAUUCUGUUGCCAGGCCGCCGGGGAUCCCGUCCCUCAGCAAUACCUUUGGUUCCACAAUGAGACUCUGCUGGACCCCACGCUCUAUAAACACAAAAGCUACCUGGUGCUGAGGAACCUGACAAGGGCGCACGCCGGGCAGUAUUUCUGCAAGACCAGCAACCAAGCAGGUUCCGUGAAGUCGCAAGUCGCCACGCUGUCCCUCGCAGCCCAGGAUGAAGCUGCCUGUGCACCCAGGCCCGAGAGCUACCGCAUCCGCCUGCCUCCCGACUGCUUCCAAAACUCAACUGGCUCCUUCUACUACAACGUUGGUAGAUGCCCAUCCAAGGCAUGUUCUGGAAAGCUAGGCAAAACUCUCCGGUGCAAGGACACCAUUGCUUACUGCUGUGGGGUCUCCAAAACGGAAACACGAGAAAUCGCGUGCACCGGAUACACGCUUCCCGUCAAGGUGACUGUAGAAUGUGGCUGUCAAAGGUGCACUGAGCCCAAAGUCACUGUCAAGGGAAGAGCCAUGGCACUGGAUACGGAGGAGCCCUUGAGGUUUGGUCAUAUAUACCUGGGGAACAAAAGGGUCAGCAUGACGGGCUAUAAUGGAACCUUCUCCGUUCAGGUGCCGCCCAACACGGAGCGGCUGGUUCUGACUUUUGUGGAUCGCCUGCAAAAGUUCGUGAACACCACAAAAGUGCUGCCGUUCAACAGACAUGGUGGGUCAGUCUUCCACGAGGUCAAGAUGCUGAGGAAGAAGCCGCCCGUCACACUGGAAUCGACCGAGACCAAUUUCAUUCCCCUGGGAGAUAUGGAAGGAGAUGAUCCGAUCGCUGAACUGGAAAUUCCUCCCAACUCCUUUUACAAGCAGAAUGGGGAAGCCUACACAGGAAAAGUGAAGGCCAGUGUGACUUUCCUGGACCCGAGGAAUAUCUCCAGCGCGGCUGCAGUGCAGAGUGACCUGAAUUUUGUGGAUGGCGAAGGUGACAUGCUCCCGUUGCGGACCUAUGGCAUGUUUUCCAUGGAUUUCACGGAUGAAGAUGCUAACGAGCCACUCAAUGCAGGGAAAGUGAAAGUUCACCUGGACUCCACUCAAGUCAGGAUGCCAGAACACCUGCAAGGCAUGAAGCUUUGGUCUCUGAACCCGCAGACAGGCCUGUGGGAGGAAGAAGGGGCCUUCCAAGUGGACCAGAGCAGGCGCAGGAAGCGGGAGGAGAGAACAUUCCUGGUGGGCAACAUGGAGGUAAGAGAAAGGAGAUUGUUCAACCUUGACGUCCCCGAAAGCCGAAGGUGCUACAUCAAGGUGCGUGUUUACAGAAGCGAGAGGUUCCUGCCCAGCGAACAAGUUGCGGGGGCCGUGGUCUCGGUUAUCAACUUGGAGCCAAUGGCGGGAUAUUCAUCGAAUCCCAGAGCCUGGGGCCGCUUUGACAGCGCCGUCACCGGCUUCAAUGGGGCCUGUGUCCCGGCAUUCUGCGACGACCGAAACCCCGACGCUUACAGCGCUUACGUCAUGGCAAGUCUUGCGGGAGAAGAACUUGAAGCUGUCCCCUCCACCCCAAGGCUCAACCCUUUUGCCAUUGGGGUCCCGCAGCCCUACCUCAACAAGCUGAAGUACAGGCGGACGGACCACGAGGACCGGAAUGUGAAAGCCACCGCCUUCAGGAUCAGCGUGGCCAAGCCCACCCCCAACGCCGCGGAAGAGAGCAACGGGCCCAUUUACCCGUACGAGAAGCAGCGAGAGUGCGAAGCGGCCCAGCACAGCGCCGCACACUUCAGGUUUUACAGGGUGGAGGGGGACAGGUAUGACUACAACACCGUCCCUUUCAAUGAGGACGACCCCAUGAACUGGACGGAAGACUACCUGGCUUGGUGGCCCAAGCCGAUGGAAUUCAGAGCGUGCUAUAUUAAGGUGAAGAUCCAUGGGCCCCUGGAGGCGACGGUGAGGUCCCGCAGCGCAGGCGGCACCCACCCGCAGACUGCCGGCAGGCUGUACGGCAUCAGGGACACGCGCAGCAUCCGAGACCUGAACCAACCCAACCUGUCCACCGCCUGCCUGGAAUUCAAGUGCAGCGGCAUGCUAUACGAUCAGGAACGUGUUGACCGGACCCUGGUGAGAAUCAUCCCGCAGGGGAGCUGCUACAGAGAGAGCGUCAACGGCAUGCUCCACGACUACCUUGUGAACCAUCUUCCAUUCGCAGUCAAUAAUGACUCCAGCCAGUAUACCAUGUUGGCUCCUCUGGACCCUCUCGGUCACAACUACGGGAUCUACACAGUGACAGACCAGGAUCCCAGGACAGCCAAGGAAAUUGCUCUGGGCAGAUGUUUUGAUGGAACGUCGGAUGGGUCUUCAAGGAUUAUGAAGAACAAUGUGGGCGUCGCGCUGACUUUUAACUGCCAAGAAAGAGAUACGCCGCAACAAGACCUGUUCCCAGCGCUGCCGAAUGUGCCCAGCCGGUACCCGGCGAGCUCUGGUAGGGAGAGAACGGGGAUCAGGCGGUCCAGUGAAAGCCGUCGGCCUGUCAUCAGGGGAAGGGGUGCCGCUUUCGUGAAAACAUCCCAAGAAGCCCAGUGAGCUCUUCUGCUAGCCGCUCCCCAUCCAGUAGCUCUGAAAGGAUCCGAGAGUUCCUGCCAACGCAUCA